GCAGAACUGAGCUUUACAUGCUAUUCUAAGUCUGAGAAUAUUACAUUGAUAUUUUUGCAACAAAAGAGCGUACUUUGGAAGGAAGGAGAGAGGGGGAAAAAAAAAAGGGCAUACCAACCACAAGAGAUAUGUCCCUGUCUGUCAAAGAGAAGACAAGUGCAAGGCUUGUGUUCUUGGGAGCGGCAGGAGUGGGGAAGACAUCCUUGAUUCGCCGUUUCCUCCAGGAUACGUUUGACGUGAAGCAUAGGCACACUGUGGAAGAGUUGCACAGCACAGAGUAUGAAACUGCAGGUGGCACAGAAGUUAAAAUUGAAAUCUUGGAUACCAGUGGGAGUUACGAGUUUCCCGCAAUGAGGAAAUUGAGCAUGCAGAGCGGAGAUGCCUUUGCACUUGUUUAUUCGGUUGAUGACCCAGACAGCUUUGAGAGGGUACGUAGAUUACGGGAGGAGAUUUUAGAGGUCAAAGAAGAAAAAAGUCCCCCGAUUGUUGUAGUAGGGAACAAAAAAGAUGAAGCGGUUACCCAAAAAGUGCUUUGGAAGGAAGCAAUGUCAACAGUGGAACUGGAGUGGAACAGCUGUUUAUUGGAGACAUCUGCCAAGGAAAAUCUCAAUGUGACAGAAGUAUUCAGGGCACUGCUGACAGAAGUCAACUUACCUUAUCGACUGAGUCCAGCUUUAAGGAGAAGGAGGGAAACCAUUCCUAAUGAGGGUAAUCGCAAACCUCCCAUGAACAAAACUAACAGUUGUAGCAUGUGUUGAUAGCAGACCUUCAAAUUCCAGCUGUGUGUAUGCAAAGACUAAAAAUGGGACAUACGGAAGGAGAGUGGAAGCAAAAAUUCAACACUCUAAACUAGAGAGAACAAUCGUUUCCACUAUGGCCAGCAAGAAUCUAAUAGUUAAGGAUUUUAUGUUUUAACGCAAAACAGUUGUUGCAUUGAUGGAAUAAGGGCAGCUAUUGAAACCCCUAAAUUUAUGAAAAGAUAAAAAAAAAAAAAUGGUUGACCUCCCGUCUGAUUUACAAUAUGUAGAUAACAGAAACCUAACUUGCACAUCUACCCAUUUAUUGACUGAAGAUCAAAAAUGACUGUAUAACCUGUGCUAUUUAGAUGGCUAGCAAAAUAGUCUAAGAAAAUGUGUUCUGAUCUCACCAGAAAUGCGUCAGCAGUUUUGUGUUUUUUUGGAAAAUAGUCCUUGGUAGAUUACAACAAAAACAGAUUAUGCAAAUUGUCAACUACUAAUUAAAUCAAAAUCAUACAAUUAUAUGAGAUCAGGUAGCCAGAUGGAUUUUUUUUUU